AAUCGAUUCCCUCCCUCCCUCCCCCACCACCACCACCCUUCGAGUCACCAGCGGAGAGGCCCCCAAGCGGAGUUGAGGGGAGAAAAUUUUUUAUUUUUUAUUUUUGUUCGCUCCUCUCCGCUACCCCCCUUUCGCCAUCCCCUCGCAUCCCCUCGCUACGAUGGCCGACGUCAAGGAGGACAUCGAUGAGAACCACGACCCCCACUUUGACCCCAUCGUGUCGCUGCCCGAGCAGGAAGUUCGCACGCUCGAGGAGGAUGAGAGCGAGCUCUUCAAGAUGAGAGCCAAGCUGUUCCGCUACGCCAGCGAGUCGGAGCCGGGCGAGUGGAAGGAGCGGGGCACGGGCGAUGUGAAGCUGCUGCAGCACAAGCAGCGCCGCACCGUGCGUCUGCUCAUGCGGCGAGACAAGACGCUCAAGAUCUGCGCCAACCACUACAUCACCCCGCUGAUGGAGCUCAAGCCCAACGUGGGGAGCGACAGGGCGUGGGUGUGGAGCACGCUGGCGGACUUCACGGACAACGAAGCUCGCCCCGAGAUGCUCGCCCUGCGCUUCCUCAACGCUGAGAAUGCCCAGAAGUUCAAGCAGAAGUUUGAGGAGUGCCAGAGAACGCUGAAGGAGGAGAAUGAUGGUCACUCGGACGUUGCCCUGCAGGUGAUGGAGAAGCUCCAUCAGCUGCAGGUGGCGGAGGAGGGGGGGGAGGAGGAUGAGGAGGAUGAGGAGGAGGAGGGGGAUGAUGAUGAUGAGGAGGAGGAGGAGGGGGAGGGAGCGGAGGCGAAAUCCCCCAAAUCGCCGUCAUCGCCAUCAUCGCAAUCAUCGCCCGCAACCGCUGCAACCGCUGCAACUCCUGCAACCGGCGCGACCGUAGCGACCGUAGCGACCGGCGCGACGGAGCAAGGCAGAGAACCGCCGGCUCCUCCCGUCGCCACGGAGACCGCCUCUGGCGAGGAGGCGGGGCCCUGAGGUUUCAGUGAUUGGGGGGUUGGGGGGUUGGUUAUGACGCACGCACACGCAUGUAGCGCACACGCAUGUAGCGCACACUUGCGUACACUGUGCGCGCGUGUGUACACACACACAUACGUGUGGUGUGUGUGUGUGUACGUGUGUAUGUAUGCACCUAC